AUGGCAUCCGAAAAGAACAACUAUUCCGAUAGCUCAAGCGAAGACACGAUGGAUCGCGAAUCGGAGAAAUUGAACGAUGAUAACAACGGUAUAGGACGUUCCUAUGAGUGUAAUUUUUGUAAAAGAGGAUUCACAAAUGCUCAAGCUUUAGGAGGUCACAUGAAUAUUCAUAGAAAAGACAAGUUGAAGGCCAAGCAAAAUAAUUCUCAUCAUCAAGAAUCAUCAAAAUUAUCCAAAGAAGUUAAUUAUGCCUUUGAUAAUUCAAGGUACUAUGCUUCACCUAUUUCAAGUCAUGAUGAAUUGCAACAACAUAACUAUUCUAGGGCACAAAUGAAUAGUUAUCAAUUUCAUCAUUUCCAAUUACCUCAAAACCCUAGUUACCAACAUGUUUAUAAUCAUCAUGAUCACCACGAUGAUUCGCGUCUGAGGCAUGACAAUUAUUAUGAUGCUAAUAACCUUAGUCUGAGAAUUGGACCUACUCUUAUUAACGAUGAUGAUGAAGAAGGAGGAGGGAAGAAAGAUGUAGAUGAAAGUGAACUCGAUUUGGAGCUUCGUCUUGGCUAUAAUAAUCACUAA